AUGACGAAGCGCACCCUCGAGCUUGUCGUGCCCGUGGCUCCCCAGCAUCGCCUGGACGAGGUGGCCGUGCUGAGCUACCUCAAGCAGCACGUCAGGAACUUCGGCCAUGGUCAGUCCAACCCCACUUACCUCCUGGAAGUGUCUUCCGCUCAUCAUGGCUCCCAGCCCGCCAGAUUCGUGCUCCGAAAGAAACCCCCUGGUCACCUGCUCAAGUCCGCCCACGCCGUGGAGCGAGAAUUCCAGGUGCUGGCAGCGCUGGGCUCACAGGCUGGAGGGGCAACUGUGCCCGUGCCAGCAGUGCACGCCCUCUGCACCGACCCCUCUGUUAUCGGCACGCCCUUUUACAUCAUGGACUUCGUCCCUGGUCGCAUCUUCACCAACCCUCGCCUCCCUGAUCUACCACCUGCCGCCCGGACGCAGAUCUACACCGCCAUGGCCGGCACCCUUGCCGCCCUGCACUCCGCCCGCCUGCCCCAGCUACAAAAAGAUGGGUUCGGCCGCCCGGACAGCUACUGCCGGCGGCAAGUGGAGCGGUGGGCAAAGCAGUACGAGGCAUCAAUGAAAUCCAUAGGGGAGGAAUUUAGGGAGGAGGAUGGGAGGAUGAGGGGGCUGAUUGCGUGGCUGAGGGAGAAUGUGCCCGGGGAAGAUGCAGAAGCAGAGGGGGUGAUGCGAGGCGUGGUGCAUGGGGACUUUCGGCUCGAUAACCUCGUGUUUCACCCCACUGAGCCAUACCAUCUGCCGCCAUCUCAGCCUGGGAGCCAUGCUGCCAUCCCUGGACAUCACCCAACUGCCCGUGCGCCUCCCUUCCUUCACACCCAGCUUCUCCCUUCUUCCUUCCUCUCUCCAACACCCCACCCACGCAUGCCCCAGCCAUACCACCUGCCGCCAUCCCAGCCGGGGGCCAUGCUGCCAUCCCUAGGCAUCACCCAACUGCCCGGUGGGCCUCCAGCAGGAUCUCUGCCCGGUGGGCCUCCAGCAGGAUCCCUGCCCGCUGGCAUCCCCUCUGAGGCGCAGUUCGUGCGCGCAUACUGCCACGAGAUACAGCGCCUGCAGGUGAGCUGGCUGUGCGUGCUCGGUUUUGUGUGUGGCAAUGCAGCCAUUGCAGCGGGAGGGGAGCCACGCUGCCGUCUCUCUCUCGGCAUCACCCAGCUAGCUGCCCGAGGCACCACCAGCAGGAUCCCUGCCCUGCCCGCUCGCACCCCCUCCGAGGCACAGUUUGUGCGCGCCUACUGCCACAAGAUACAGCGCCUGCAGGGCAAUGCAUCCUCCAGCAGGGCAGGCCAGGCCGGCCGUCAGGUGGCGGGUCUGAUAGCAUGCGCCCUGCACGUGGUGCACUCGCCCCCCUCCAUUCCUGCCCGACCACCACAAGGCAGCAGCAGCAUCAGUGGUUCAAGCGGCGCAGUGGGUAUUGCAGGGGGUUGGGAUGGAUCCAGUGCGGUUCCAGCAUCGCCAUCCCAUCCUGUGGGGCUGGCGCCCAGCCCGCGAGCCGAGGCACUGAGGAGGCGAGUGGCGGAGUUUGUAACGCAAGAGGUGUUGCCUAUAGAGGGGAUAUUGGAGGAACAUGCAGUGGGGGAGGCACGGUGGACUAUUCACCCCCUGGUGGAGCAACUGAAGGGGAAGGCCAAGCAGGCUGGGCUCUGGAACCUGUGGAUUCCCGCUCUGGCUACGACACUCAUGCGUGCAAGGAUAGACAUCAACCCCCUUCCCCCACUCCACCCCACUUUCCACCGUCCCCUGAACAACUUCAAGGCCUCUCAGACUGCACAACUGACAUCAACCCCCUUCAACUCAAUUCUUCCUCUCCUUCGCCGCCCUCCGCCCUCCCCCUCCUCCCCCCGCCCUCCCUCCUCCGCCCUCCCCCCUCCGCUCCCUGCCCUCCCUCCUCCGCCCUCCUCCCUCCGCUCCCUGCCCUCCCUCCCCCGCCCUCCCCCUCUCUUAUGUCAGGAUGCGGGAGUGCCAGUGACGCCUGUCCUUGGGGAGUGUCAGAGCCGGGGGCUGCUGGGGGCGGGGCUGUCGAAUCUGGACUAUGCGCACGUGUGCAAGGAGAUGGGCAAGAGCGUGUGGGCGCCUGAGCUCUUCAACUGCUCUGCGCCCGACACCGGCAACAUGGAGGUUCUCUUGCGCUACGGCAACGAGCAGCAGCAGCGGGAGUGGCUGGUGCCUCUGCUGGAGGGCAAGAUCCGUUCGUGCUUCGCCAUGACAGAGCCACGAGUGGCAUCCAGCGAUGCCACCAACAUCGAGGCUCGGAUAGAAAGUGCGGGCGACCACUACAUCCUACACGGCCACAAGUGGUGGGCCAGUGGCGCCAGCGACCCGCGCUGCAAAGUGGCAAUCUUCAUGGGCAAGCACCCCGAGCGAGCUGCUCCCUCCGGCCCCCACUCCGCGCCCGCACACAGGCAGCAGUCCAUGCUGCUCGUGCCCAUGAGUGCUCCUGGGGUGACUGUAGUGCGCCCACUGUUGGUGUUUGGAUAUGAUGAUGCGCCUCAUGGGCACUCGGAGGUGCUGUUUGAGGGGGUUAAGGUGCCCAAGACAAGUGUGCUGCUGGGUGAAGGCCGAGGCUUUGAGAUUGCUCAGGGUCGUUUAGGCCCGGGUCGGCUGCACCACUGCAUGCGGCUCAUAGGGGCCACAGAGCGAGCCAUGGACUGCAUGCUCCAACGCGCACUCUCCCGGGUGGCGUUCGGGCGGCCGCUGGGCGGCAACGAGUCGGUGAUGAGGGAUACUGCCGAAUGCCGCAUCACGCUGGAGGCGGCGCGACUGCUGGUGCUGCAGGCGGCUGCUGAGUUAGACGCCAAGGGGAACAAGGAGGCCCGGAUCGCUAUCGCUAUGGCCAAGGUGGCUGCCCCCCGGGCAGCUCAAAAAGUUCUGGACAGGGCGAUCCAGGUGCACGGGGGUGGGGGGGUGAGCUCGGACUUCCCUCUUGCCCGCCUGUGGACAGCAGCUCGCACUCUGCGCAUCGCUGACGGUCCAGAUGAGGUGCACCUGGCCUCCAUUGGGAAGAAGGAGCUGCGAGAUUGGCAGAAGAGGAUGAUGGGGGGUGGGAGCAGUGGCAGCUCGGGUAAUAGUGGAGCGUCAGCCCGCUUGUAG